AGACGCGAACGACCAAGAAUCCACGGUGCCCUCCCAGAGGGUGUACCGUAGGAAAAGCGCCAGAGAAAGGCAAAACGCGAAAUGACUGCCAAACAAUCCGACAGAUCCCAAUCUCAAUAGUUCCCGUUGAACGAAUGCAAAUUAAAUUCAAGUGAACUCAUUAGACGGUGCAAUUGCGCGCAAUCGGUGCGCAUAGAACUUAUGCAAUAAUUUUCAACAUCAAACGUCAAAUUGUUACAGUGUGAUGUUCAGUAAACAUAUUACAGUGAACGAAAGCGACCGGUUGUGUAUAAAUAUUCAUAAUUGUAAAAAUAAGUGUCAACAGUUUGUUAUUUUUGUAGAAAAACAAAAUUGACAUUGGUGAUGUUUAAAGUGAAUGUCAGAGGAUUGUUGUGUUUGGCAAAAUGCCAAAAUUAAUAAGAGCAGCUGAUUGUAAACAAACAAUUUAGCGAAUACUAACAAUAACGUUACCCACACUAGCCAAAUUCUAUCGCACAUGUCGAAUACGAUAAAAAAUAACUACAACAAUGUCGACGAUAAAAGCUUCAAGUGAUAGUGAUGGUCCUAUAAUAGAUGAUAACAUAAUAAGAAUUCAAUUGCGGAAACCUUGUCAAAGAAAAUGGGAGCUCCGAACACGAAAUCUUUCUCCGGGGAUAAAAUUUCCCACUAUACAACUUUUUGAUUGCGACGGAAAUCUGCUCGUCGAAACAAAUAACGACAACAUAUCUAUAAAGAGUUCUGAUUUUGAUGAACGUAUUUUGAAAACGAGCCAGUCAUUAAAAGAGAAAGAUUAUAAACAUUAUCUUGAUAAAAAGGCUGCUAUUAGAAAACACAAUACAAUUUCUGGAGAUAAAGUGUAUACGCGUAUUUAUAGAGUACCUGUUUGUACUAGUGAUAAUAAUAUUCAAAAUAAUAAUCAUAGUUACAUUAUUCGCGAUGGCAGCAAUAUAUCAAACAUUCCAAGUACAGUUACAUUAUCUAAUAACUUUCAGUAUUUUCAAUCAAAUAGUUUGGAUACCACUCCUUAUCAAUCUGACGGUAUUAGCGAAUUAAGCAGUUAUAAAAGUUCGGACAAUGAUACUUAUGAUCCAAAGCAGACAAUAUUAAAAGAUGGCAUAAAUAUACCAAAAUUUGAUGGCCACGCAUAUUCAGAAAAGAGUUCUAAAAGUUCGUCACUCUCGUCUCUAAGUGAAAUAGAUCAAAAUAUCAUACCAACUGUUGACGAAACUGAUAUUUCUCUGCGACUACAUAAAUCAAAAUCUUUCAAUGACACUAUCAUGAGGGAAGAAACUAAUAAAUAUAUAGAUAAUACAGUACAGCGUUCCAAAUCUGGCGUGAUGUAUCUACCUCCACACAAAAAGGUUUCUUUUCUCAACACUUACUUAAAAAGUUUACCCGCCAGACGGUGCCCUAAUCCGGAUUGGUUUACAAUAAACCGACACCCAACAAUUGAAUCUGUAGGAAAUUCUCGCGCGCCAAUGAAGCGAAACGAAUUGCCAAAAUUCCCUGCGAAUAAAGUAUGGCGCUCCUGUAAAAUAGACGAUAACAUGUCUGACAAUGAAUUCAUUAAUAUUCCAACGGACGUUGCAGCGGAUUAUGAAAUGAAAAAGCGUUUGAAGAUGUAUAGACGUGGUAUAUCAGAAAUUGAGGUGAAAAAUAAAACUGUUAACAUGUUUACAAAAGACCGCAGACAUUCAGUUAGUGGCGCAAUGGACAUGAAUCAUACGUCGUCUUCUGAAAGUGUGGACGAAGCUGACGUUGUACUUAACCGAUUAAAGAGAAGGAUACUCAAGAACAAGAUAAGGGAGAAAAGGCGAACUCUCGGAGAGAAGUUUCAAUUUUAUCGACAGAACUGCAACGCUAAGGAGCAGUGUACAUCCGAAAAGCGGCGCCAUGAGGACGGCGGGGCCCACGUGAGGUCCCGCCACGCUAUGGGCUCCAACAUCAGCCAGCACUCGGCCAAGGGACUGAAGGGCCGCCGCGCCAGAUCCAGCGGAGACUUAUGCAAUGGCGACAGCAAGAGUCAGACCGAGUCGUCGGUGUGUGGUUCCGUGGUCGGCGACGUCAUGGGAUGGAACAGGUCGCUACCGAACCAUUUAGACGGGAAUCGCCAUUUGGCAGAUUAUAGCAGAGUCAAUAAUAAUUACGGAGAAUUUGCGACGUACAACCGUUGUCACUCAAAGGGGCGAGGGUUACGCUACAGAGUUUCGAAGUCUGGUUCAGAUGCGGAGCCUGUCUGGAAACUGCAAGAUCCUGGUUUUGAUCAAGGCUACGGAUCUGAGCGAUCUCCAGAAGAUGACUACGUCCCACCCAUAGUUCCACCAAUCUCCCUCGAAGCAUACGAAGCCGAGCUCCGUACUGUCUAUCCCUUUAUCAAUGAUGAGAAUACAUUUACCGUGGUGGUGGAGAAGGACGGACGAGGACUGGGGAUGUCCGUAUGCGGGGGUGGGGGCCUGGUGAAAAUACGAAGGCUGUACCCCCCACAGCCAGCGUGGAGGACCGGCCGCCUCGCACCGAGAGAUCUUCUCCUCUCAGCUAACGGAGUGCCCCUCGCCGGGCUAAGUACAUACGAAGCUCUAGAGGUACUGCGAACAGCGUCGCCGAGGGUAGAACUAAGGGUGUGUCGGCCACCACCUGACGCAUUAGAGAGCGUCACACCGCCAGACCCACCGACACCGCCUACACGCACCCCGCACCCCCCGCAUUUGCCGCCACUAGACCCCCUCAACUGUCACCCAAUGCAUGCCAGAUUAUCUCAAACUACCAGCAGCGCGACAACCUCGUCAUCGGAAGGCAAAGGCAGACGAGAGGCGAGUCCUGAGGUGGAACGACGUGAUCUUCGACUGCCAGACCUCGAUCGACCUUUACCUGUAUACGACGUACAAUAUGGGGAUGACGGAUCAGUGGAAUUCGACAUAGUCAUGACUAAGGUGAACGGCUCGCUUGGAUUCACGUUACGCAAGGAGGACCACAGCGCGCUCGGGCAUUACGUGCGAGCGCUAGUUCGGGAGCCGGCGCUCAGCGACGGCAGGAUACAGCCUGGUGACAGAAUAGUUGCGGUCAACGACACUUCAAUGUCGAACAUGUCGCAUGGGGAGGCCGUCGCGUUUCUGCGUGCAUGCGGCUCGGAGGUGCGACUGCGAUUGUACCGCGACCACGCCGCCACACCGCUGUCACCGAUGUCCCCAAAAGAAGGGCCAACCGACUCCGACGCACCGACGAGUAGACCUAAACCGCCGCUGAGACCCGAAGCAGUAUCAAUGCUGUGCGACUUGGCGGCGCGUAGGCUGACUCCUGAUGCGGUCGACGGCUCAAGAUCUCCUUGCCUUUCCCCGCGCAAGUUCCGCAAACUCACUAAAGAGACCAACCACUAUGAACAACCUAAUGAUGUUCCAAGUACCAUUACGGUAGCACAGUCGGAAAAUUCCGAAGUCGCACAAGAGGUGAGACGGCCGCAGCGAGCGCAUACUGUGACACUCGCCAGCCCGACCGCUCCACCUUCUUGUAGAAAACAAAAGCUAAGCCUGACAGUGCCCCCUCAUGGAUACGAACUGAACAAUUUGGACAACGAUACCCUGGAUGCGCCUAACGUGUACCAGGAAGACAUGAAUCGACAGCGUUAUAAUGAACCGGUAUUUCCCGUGGACUCUGAUGAACCCGUAUCGAUGCCAGCGGAACUGUCGAAUGACGAAGCUAGAUUCAAGCACUCUAAUCCUGCAUACCAGAGUGCAGUACUGCACAGCACCAGUAGUGAUACAAACGAUACGCACAAAGAUGAAGAUAAUGGCUUAAAGAAAUGGAAAGGAGUCGCAUUGUCGCCAGAUAACGAGCGGAAGACGAUGGAGCCGCAGCCAGCGGUCAAGGAUAUCGAUGCCGUCCAAAAAGAGAAUAUCAAGCCAGAAGAUCCGACCGGUGAGGCCAGUACAGAACCUACGAUAGUGACGGUGGAACUGAACCGCGGAUGGAACAGUCGGCUUGGAUUCAGCGUACAAAGUCAUCCGGAGUCGGGCCAAAGCUACAUCUCGGCCGUCUACAACGACAGUGUGGCAGCCCGCGACGGGCGUUUACGGCGAGGCGAUGUUAUAUUACAGGUCAAUGACGAGAACGUUACGUCAAUGAAGACCCCAGAAGUGAUAGAUCUCUUAAGAAUUUUACGCGGUUCCAUUUGCAUCACGGUACUACGACCGCCCAACCCGCUACCAACAUAAUUGCAACAUUUUGUCUAGUAAUGGACAUUUUUUUUUUAAAUGUAAGUCUUGUUAAAUACUUCCGUGGUUUAAAAUUAAAAUUUAUUUAUCAAGCUAGGGUUGCCAUAAUCAAAAGUCGUCUAAGAAUCCAAUGUUUCUUAAAGCAUCAACAUCAGAGAUUACAAUAAUCUGGUAUUUUAUACUUGACAGAAUAAAAAAAAAUUGUCUUUAUAUUUGAAAUAAUAAUGCAUAAAAAAGGUACUAAAUUAUAAAGGUUUUUGUUUUAUUAUAUGUAAUUACAUAUUGUUACUUUUUAUUAAGUUUUAAUUUUCAAUUCUAAUUCUAAUAAACAUUUUGAAAACAUAAUUGUGACAAGUAUAGAAAACAGAUUAUACUUACUACGUGUAAAGGUGAAGCAAUAUUUGUUCAUAAGACUUUGUUGACAUGAAUAGGUGUCUAUCGCCUUAUAUCUUGGCGCAUUAAAUUUUUCGAGUUAAACUGGUGAAGCAAAUUUCAAGUUAAAAAAGUUGCAAAAGAUGCAGCUAGUUGGUACAGAUAUAAAUCUUCCUGUAUACUGUAAUAUAUGUGUCCAUCAUAAGUUUGUGAUUGUUGAAUUUACUUGCCGAUUUAUUAAAAGUCAUGGAGUGUGUGAUAUGCCUGAAUCAUUCGUGCUUGUGAUGUUUUGGUUGGACUUGUUAAAAGUGUUAAAUGCCACAGUAUUAAGGUUGAUAAUUGUAUAAUAACUUCUAAUUUCUAACAUGUUAAAAUAUUACUCUACAUUAGAAAUAUUGAGAAUUUCCAUAGUGAUAGAACCAAUACUGAUAUUCACAGGACAUCAUUAAAGUUCAUAUCGUUUCUGUCGAAUUAUGAUAAUAUCUAUAUAGAACUAAAAUCAUGUGAAACACAUACGAAAUAAAUCAUGAGAGUAAUACUAUAUGUUACAAUAAUAAUAACAAGGAAAUGUAGAGUGAAAUGAAAAUUGGAAGAAAAUGUGUUCUAUCAGGGAAAAAAAAAUUUAAUAAAAAAUAUUGUUAUAAAACAAACAAUAAAUAUGAAAGUAUAAUAUUAAACUCUCAAUGUUUUUCUUUUAUUUUUAUCGUCUCAUUUACUUUAGAAAUAUUUAGUUUCACUGAUAAAAUACUUCUUUUAAGAGGAUGCUAAUUUUAUCAAUUUUUCCCUCUACAUAUAUGAGCAACCCAACAAACUUGAUCUGCAGAUUCAGUCGUAGUUCGUGUAUUCAAAUCCGAAAUAUGAUUCUCAAAAUUACAAAUGGAAAAUACCUUUUAAUGGAAUUGAUCAUAAAUGUCCAUCGAUAUCAAAUCUGAAAUAGGCAAUAACUAGUUACUAAUAGCUUUUGUACAAAAGUUACUCUAUUCAUAACUUCCUGUAAAACCACUUGUCAAAAUUGUUAAUAGUAUAAAAAAAAAAAAUAUCGUCCAUCUAUCCUUAUAUUCAUUAUUCGAAAUUAAGGGACUUAUAUAUAAUGAAACCACAAGUGAUUUAAUUAUUAUAAAAUCCAUCUUAAUCACUCAAUUUGACUAUCACUGAAAUAUCAUUUUGGUAAAGUUCCUAAUGGGUAGCUCUUAUUUAAUAAAUUUGUGUCUAGCACAAUGAAAAUUAAUAUAAUAUUAGUUACAGCCACUUACAAAUUGAACACAAAGACCUACUUAUAUUUGCAUAGUAAGAAAGUAACUUUUUUUCUGAACAUAUCGUGUCCACUGUCGAUUGAAAAUAUCCCUAUGAUAGUGUUCGAUAUUUUAACCUUUUGUUGUCCGAAUUCCGAUGCUUUUAGCGGUUGCUAUUUAUUUAAAGACAAAAUUAACUAAACCUUAUUGUAAAGACAUAGGAUUUCAUUUUGUGAAGUUGGUAACUGUCUUUGCACCCACCCUUUUAUCUUAGAUACACAAUCAAUAGUUUUAUUUUCAAUGUUAUGAGAUGAUCGUAAAAUUAUAUAGUUGGAUUAUUUUUCUUUGAUAAAUAAAAAAAAAUAUAUAAGAUUUAUUUAUACCAUAAAUAAGCAAUUUGCAUAUUUUGUCUUUAUGUAGUACUAUGAAAGAUUACUGUAAUUAUAUAUUUAUUUUUAUUAAUAGAAGUUGUUUGUGUUCAUUUUGUUAGGGGCUAACAAUAUAAGGUAUAUAAUUGUUAAUAUAAGUUACCUGUAAAAUUAAAACAUUUGUCUCGGAAUUGAUCUCUGUAGAAAUCUCAGUAGAGGAUUAGGUGAACAAAAUUUAGUAAUAAACUCAAAUAAUACAUUAAAUUAAUAAUAAUAUAGAAUAACAUAAUCCACAAUCCAUAACCCUACUUGACCCGACCAAGAUAAGCAACGAAGUAAAAGGAAAUAUUUUUUGUACACAAUAGUAAAAAAUAUAGCUAUCGUAACCCAUUGCCGUAUUAAUUUCCGUUAAAAAUUGUAUAAUUACUGUGCAAUGUAAAAAUCACAAGCUUUUAGUUAAUUAAUGUCACGGUACACAGCGCCUAGAGAGUUUUUUUUUAAACUCUUUUAAGCGCUGUCUACCAUGUUAUUGCCAACCAUUCUUAAAGCGUUCAUACUUUAACUUCCCGAUGUGAAGCAACAUCAUAAUUAUCUGUCAAUUUUCAAAAACAAUUCACGUUUCGCCAAUAAAAUAUUAAGCAGUUUGGCGAUUUUUGUAGUGGUAACUACGUAAUUUUGAUUAUUAAAUAAAUAAAUAUUUUUUAAUGUUUGUUGUUUAUUCAAAUAGUACUAGCGAACUAAAACGUUUCACAGAAUACGUAGCAUAUAAAUCUAACACAAAAAA